GUCUUGAAGAAACACAUCGAUUUAUCAUCUCAUUUAAUACGAGGCAGGCGUGUUCCUCCUGCACAUGCUCAGUGCGAGUGUAUGCAAACAUGCUGGAAUGGUUGGGAUGUCCUCGGUACUUCAGCCCGGUUCCCAGUAAAAAGUAUCACGAGUUUCAAGUGACGGGAUCGUCCUUUUUUUGGGACAGUUCAAUCCGAUCCGACAAAAAACGGCUCAUCAGUCUGCCCCUCCUCACUCAUCAGAAGUUGAUAAAGAUGAGCCUUGGGGUUACCAGGAAGCACUUUGACAAGAGCUGCCCGCCAGAACCCAACAGAACCAUGCCGGUCCCCAAGAAAGCAGGGAAAAAAGAAAGCAGCGCUCCAGAAGAAAAGCUGCCGCCGUAUGAGCCAAAUAUCCCCGAACCAACUACCAGAGCUGACUUAAUGAAAUACUGGCUCCCCAUCUCUCUGAAUGACAAAACAGCACAGAAGCUGCUGUGGAUUUCUGAGGGCAGCACCAAAGUGGCUCGUACGUCGGACGCAGUCUGCCCUUAUCCCAACAGGCCUGAAAGAUACCAGGACUCACCACAGGUGCUGUGUAAGGAGGGCUUGAUGGGCGUCCGAGCCUACUGGGAGGUGGACUACAACGGCUGGGUGGUGAUCGGCGUGGUGGCGGAGAGCGCGCCCCGGAGAACCCAGGAGGAGCCCUGCGGUCUCGGGGAGAACAAAGGCUCCUGGGGGGUCGGCUGGUCCGGUUCCUGCUACCAGGUCUGGCACAACGGCGAGAACAUCGACAUCCAGCUGCCUCCAUCCCCAACCGUGGGCGUCUACAUCGACCUGCCGGCCGGCAUCAUCUCCUUCCUGUCGGUGGAGGGAGACUCCGAGAAGGAGGUGCGGCUGAUCCACAAGUACAAAGCCAAAUUCGAGGAGAGAAUGUUCCCCGGGUUCUGGAUCGGAACAAAUUCCUUCUGUCUUAUCCGGAAAAAAGAUCAGUGACACUUGAAAGGGAUUUCAAUGGAAGCCCAUCCAUGCCAAAAAUGAAAACACAAACUCCUGCAGGAAGUCAUAAUUUUUGAUAGACUGGAGUAACCCCCCUAAGAGAAACUAUUUGCAAAUUAUGACAUUAAAUCUCGAAAUUAUGACUUUUAUUCUCAUAAUUAUGACUUCAACACUCAUACUUAUGACUUUUCUCUGUCUGUAUUUUUAUCAGUUUGACCCUUAUUCUUGUAAUUAUGACUUUAAAAGCUCUAAAUGAUUACUUUUUCUCAUAAUUUUAACUAAAACUCGAAAUUAUAACUUUUCUCCUAAAAAUAACUUUUAUUCACAAAUUAUGACUUUUGUGCUUAUAAUUAUGAUUUUAAAAUUUGUAAAAUUAAGAGCUUUAACUCAUACAAAUGUAACUUGUAAAAUUAUAAAUUUAAAAGUCACAUUUAUAAGUCUUUUUAUUUUUGUUUUUGUGAUUAUAAAAUUCAAAAUUUGACUUCUUGUUUGGCUUUUAUUUUUUGGUUCAUGGCAGAAAUGGGCUUCCAUAGUUGUUGGAAUGGGGCAGCAGUGGUUUUUACCAGAAAGUGUUCAUUUAAUUGUGAUUGGAGAAAAAACUAGCUUUGAAGCACAACUGAAUACUUGGAGACUCGUUUGCAGUUUUUGUUUUCUCUGAAUGGAUAAAAACACCUUCAGACUUUCAUUUGUUUUUGUUAAUUAAAGUUAGACAAGAUAAAGUUGGGUGUUUUUAUUACUUUUACCCUGUUUAAUUGUCCUGAAUGUAGUCAAUAAACUAGUCUUCUUCACCGUGUCAGAAUGAAGUCAACACUCAA